AUGACCGUGGAAGAGAUUUUAUUAAAAUUACCAAAAUUUGAACAACCAGAAUUAUCAACAUUUUCUCCUUAUGACAUUAACGUUGUUGACUCUGAUUUGGUAAUUAAAGAGAGGAAAGAAGAAGAAGACAGAGCAAGAUUUUGGAGAUUUAUUGCAGCAAUUUCGUUAGGGUUGGCUGGAGUUUUAACUUUGGGUGUUUUGUCUGCAUUUCUUUGGUAUUGGCGUCGGACAAGAUCAGCAAGACAGGGAAUUUCUGAUAUUUCUGAAAGAGGCCCAGGAGUUCUUCCUUCUGUUGUUAGAGAACAAAGCUUUAGGCCAUCAGCAUUUUCUACACUUAAAUGAC